AUGUGCCAAAUCUGUCAAAUCAAGGAGCUGGCCGCCGAGCAGCGCUGGCCAAAGGCAGUGGAAGCCUCCAAGGCCGAUCUCAACUUCCUCGUCGACAAUAUCCACGAUGAGUUCGUUCAACACCAKAGCGCGCAUGGCAGUUCAAUGGCCACUCCACUCCCAAAAUCUCUCCUCGAACUGUGUCGCACGCUUUCCCACCAACUGGAUGCUCUCGAGAUUGAGCGCGAGAAGUGGUGGACUUCUCCAGAGUCACGCGCCAAACGCACUCGUUUCGAGCUGGAGGGAAGUCAGAAGAGUCUUUCCGAGUUGCACAAGAUCAACAACAUGACGAGUGCAAGCUUCGAGUCGCUCUAUGCAAGAUUGGGACAGUUCGUGAAGUGGGGCCUGGGCAUGAAUGGAGGCAUUCACGAGCUCCUCAAUGCUGAUAAGGUUGCAUUUGGGACUUGA